UAUGAUGUCACCACUGAGCAUCACUAAUUUGAACUCACAAUGCUUAAGUCCUGGAAAAUCUUAGGUGGGGGAAAUGUCUGUGCCAAGAUUCCAAAAAAUAAACUUUGGAGCAUAUGAUAAUUACAUUCCAGUCAGUGAAUUAAGCAAAAAAUCAUGGAAUCAGCAACACUUCGCCCUGGUAUUUCCCAAACCACCAAGGCCAGGGAAAAAAAGGAGAUCAAAACCUUCCCAACUACGAGAAGAUACAGGUCCUAACUAUGAUGCAGAGAAGUUAAGGGGAGAUCGUAAACGACCUUUAUGGAUGCAUCGUUCUUUAAUGAGAAUUUCUGAGAGACCAUCUGUUUAUUUAGCUGCCAGGAGUCAGCCUCCCCAGAAAGCAACUCAUUCCUCCAAGGAAGAUUCUGAAAAGGCAGCAAAACCUUCAUCUCCGAUGCUUAAGAAAAGUAAAGAAGACAAGGACAAAUCAGAUUCAGAAGCAGAACCCACAGUUUCAAAGGAAAAAUCCAGGAAACUUUCAAAGAAAGAACCAGAAGCUAAAAAAGAGAAACCAGAUGAAAAGAAAGAUUUAAAAAAAGAGAGAAAAGAUUCAAAGAAGGGCAAGGAAUCAGUGACAGAAUCUGAAGAUGAAAAAGCAGGUGCAGAGAAAGAUUCUAAAAAAGAUAAGAAGGGGUCAAAGAAGGGCAAGGAAUCUCCUUCAGAUUCAGGAGGUGAAAAAGGAGAUGCAAAGAAAGAUUCCAAAAAAGAUAAGAAGGGGUCAAAGAAGGGCAAGGAAUCUCCUUCAGAAUCAGAAGGUGAAAAAGGAGAUGCAAAGAAAGAUUCCAAAAAAGAUAAAGGUUCAAAGAAGGGCAAGGAGCCUGAUUCAAAGGAAGAAAGUGAAAAAGGAGAUGCAAAGAAAGAUGACAAAAAAGAUAAGAAAAGUUCAAAGAAGGGCAAGGAGUCUGCUACAGAAUUGGAAGGUGAAAAGAAAGAUUCAAAGAAGGAUAAGGAAGGGAAAAAAGAUUCAAAGAAAGCAGGUGAGAAAGGUGAUGAAUCAAAGGGCAAGAAAGAUUCAAAGAAGAAGGAUAGUAAAAAAGAAAAGAAAGAUGAGAAGAAGCCUGGUGAGGCCGAUAGUGAACCAAAGGAUGCAGCGAAGAAGGAUGCCAAGAAGGAUGCCAAGAAGGAUGCCAAGAAGGAUGCCAAGAAAGAUGCCAAGAAAGAUACCAAAAAGGGAAAGUAGGCCUUGGAUGAUAAUUCAAAAGCAUAUUUGAUGAAACAAUUUUAGUAGUCUGAAACUGCAUCUAUGAGUGAAAGGGGUAUUCAAAGAAUUAAUGAAAUAAUUUGUAAAUGGGGGAAAGAAGAAUUCAAAGAUGGACUCAGAAAAGCUUCAUUUAAAAAAAAAUAAGGCAAAACUUUAAAAGGGCUUGAAGGUUAACUACAUGAAAUUUGAGGAGAUGAGGAUUCAACAAAAGACCCCCAGAAAGAUUCAAAAAGAAUAUUCAAAUAAGAAUGUAGAAGUUAAUGAUGUUGAAUCUAUGGAUACAAAGAAGAAACAAAACCAACAAAGGAGUCAAAAAAUUCAUGGAUGCAGAUGUUGAAUCCAUAGAUUUAAACAACUUGAAGUUAAUACCCACAGAUUUAAAAAAAGAAUCAUAGAAGUCAUGAGGGGAAGUCAAACAAAUUUCAUAAAAUCUACUUUCAAAUAAGCACAAAUACAAAUUAAAAGUAGAAUUCCUUAAAAAAAAAACGGAAAAAGAAAAAAAAUACUGUUUUUUGUGAGCCUAUACCAUCUCUGAAGAAUAAUCAGCCACAAACAGUUGAUGGAUAUUGAAUACUCUGCUUCCAAGACAAGAUAAACAUACUUGAAAAUGGUGGCCAACUUCUCUCCAUUUAAGGAAUGAUGCAAAUCAAAAUUGUCCAAA